AUGAAUGUCUAUCCUUUGGAAGGCUAUCGUCCACAAAGACAAGCUCACAUCAGAUAUCCUUCACUUAUCAAAUGCUGUGGAUGCAUUCAUCUUAGAACAGGAGCAGGAUUUGCAGGUCUAUUGUGGGCUGGUCUUUCAAUGUAUUUUGCAGUCCUUUCAUUUCAAUACAAAAGCCCGUUUUACUCGUAUCUACUCCAAGCUCCCCUUUUAGUAUUUGGGGUGGCAAAUCUCAUUCUAUCUUGUGUGGGACUAGGUGUAUUAUUUGCCGUCUAUGUGAAUAGGUGGCAUGCUAUCAGAACUGCAUCAAGUGCAGUAUUUGUGUCAACCUUUUUAGUGGCAGGAGACGCGAUUGCCAAUACAAUCCUGUUUAUCGCUACAAAGUCAAGUUACAUUGGCUGGUGUAUUUCUAGUUCAUCCGGUGCAUUAGAUGCCGGUGUAAAUAGUGCUCUGAAUGGAACACAGACUAUUGAUAGUAAUAGCAAUAAUACUAUAUCAUCGUCAUCACCAUCAUCAUCAUCAUCGACAUUUGGCUUUCAAACCGUAGACUAUUACAACUGUAACAAGACAUGGGAAAACGAAUUAAAGUUUGGAAUUCUUUCGGCAAUAAUGCUGUCUACUCUCUAUCUUUACUGGGCAAUGUGUAUUUAUUCGUACGCAGUCAAAAAAGGACAUCUCUUCUUUCAGGACAUGGACAUGGCACAGCCGUUCCAGCCCGAGAUUCACCCCAUCUAUACUCCUGUUCACCCUCAGCCUAUCCAACCUAUUCAGCCUAUGCCACCCGUUCCACCCAACAUAAUCAUUCUCAACAACCAGAAACCAUCCAAGUAUUCCAACAAGAAGACGGCUGCCUUGGUCGAUCGGGAGUCCGACUCUGUACCUCCAAGGUCAAAGUCAGCCCUUCUUGUCUUACCUGAUGAGCCAACUAUGUACAACAAAUCACCAGUCUGGCAUUCUAGCUGA